UGGCCAGAUUUCAGUACAUGAUAAUCACACCAACAGAGCAAAACAACUCUAUAAAGGAUUCAGCUUCACAUCCCAACAAGCACAUGUAUGACCUGCUGCCAUCAUGUACGGCCUGCGUGCUUUUCUGCUCUUCUAUGUUCUGACAUGUGUUGGACAAACCGUGCAUGGGGGUAAAAUUAUCCAUGGCAAAAAAGCCCCAACAGACUCACUGCAGUACAUGGUCUCUGUGCAAACCAAUGACGGCCAUGUCUGUGGAGGAUUUCUCAUCACUCCGGACUUUGUGAUGACUGCUGCACACUGUGGUGAAAUUGAACUUACACACGUCAUUCUGGGAACCCACAAUAUCAAGAGGAACAAUUAUGUUAAACGAGAGAUUGAAAUGACUUACAAGCAUCCUAAUUAUGACCCGGAAAACAUUAAGUGUGACAUCAUGCUCCUUAAGUUAGCCGUUCAAGUCGACGUAAAUGAGAGAAUCCACACAAUUGCAAUCCCACCCCCUAACGCAAAUUUAAAAGUAGAUCAAACAUGCUCAGUGGCUGGAUGGGGGAAGAUUGACAGCUGGAGUUCAAGCGUCAGUGUGCUGAGAGUGGUGAACGUGUCGGUCAUUGAGCCGGAAUUCUGUAAGAGGGAAUGGGAGGACCUUCCUCCCAAUGUGAUCUGUGCAGGUGGAAGUGGAACAUACAAAGGAUUCUGUCAGGGUGACUCUGGUGGUCCUCUGGUGUGCAACGACAUAGCUGUUGGCAUUGUUUCUUUCAACGGCGACCUCGCCUGCGUCUACCCACACUUGCCCAAUGUCUACACGGACAUCUCAACAUAUGUUCCCUGGAUCAACGAGAUUCUGAAAGAGAAUUACUAAAUAUAAACUUGCUACAUACCAUGUUCAUUGCAUCUCAGACGCAAAAUUUAGCCUCUUACUUCGUUUGCUUCAUUAACAGUUGCUCUUAAACAACAGUGCAGAAUAAAAGUAUGUUUCAAA